AUGAGGCAAAGUGAGACGAGACGACCACGGGAAGGGGCCCCUCAAGCCAAGGCGCCAAGGCCUUGGGCCCCAUUUGCCAAGAUGGUUGCUUGUUACUUCACUCUUGAGUUUGAACAUGGAGAGCAGUUUGUUGAUAUUAGCCCUGUUUUGAGAUACAAUGGAGGUAACAUCAACAAGUUUGAUAACAUUGAUCCAGAUUUGAUGCCACAAAUUGAGUCUAAUACUCCUACCUAUGACUACAAAUUCAAAAUUGAUUAUGGUUCCACUUUAUAUGAUGGUUUACCUGAUACUGUGGUAAGAUAUACUACUGACCCAUUUGAUGAUUUAUUAGAUUUGGACUUGCUCUACGUUUAUAAUGGUAUACUCGCUGAGGGUACAUGUGACAAAAGAAAUAGAAGUAGGGUUGACCAGAUAAAGUCAAAACUUGGAGAUAAUUGUUCUGGAGUUAGGAGGGAGAGUGGCUUGGAAGAGGGCAAGGCCAAAUCUAAUGAUUAUUUGUCUGAUGAAGGCAAUGAUCAUCUAUAUAGCCCUCUUAACUCAGAUGAUGAUGUAAUAAAUAUAAGGUAUCAAGAAUUCAUGGAGGCUACUAAUAUGUGUAAUCCCAAAUUGCCAUUGGGAAUGAUCUUCAGCUCAGCUAUUGUAUUUAGGAUGUUAAUUAGGCAACAUGCUAUUAUGGAUGGUUUUGACUCUAGAUACCUUAGGAAUAAUGGUGACAGAGUCACAACAGUGUGUUCAUAG